GAUGAUUUUGCAUGAGUGUUCUCCCUUUGAGUUCACCUGCUUAGAAGUUACAAAGAGACACGCCAGCACCUCGCCUUGCGUUUGCGAUUUUUUCCACACUUUACAGAGACAGAAAUCCCACCAUGUCACAGAAGUGGCCUGCAGAUUCUGUGAAAGAAAUGGGACCAGAUGAUGUCACCAAGCCCGCCAUUCGUAAUGCGGUUUGGAAGUACAUUGAAGAGAAUGACAUGGCUGAUUUUCCUAGGCCAGUCAAUAGAAGGAUACCCAAUGUCAAGGGUGCUGCCACUGCGGCAGAACUUAUCCCUACCAUGCAGGAAUUCAAGACAGCACAGGUUGUCAAGAUUAACCCAGACAAGCCUCAAGAGCAGGCCCGAUUCUUGACCCUCGAUGCUGGCAAGACCCUACUGGUGCCUACCCCACGACUGAGGACAGGGCUGUUCAACAAGAUCACCCCUCCAGCAGGGGCCACCAAGGACAUCCUGAGGAUCUGUUCCACCUCACAGGGUGUUCGUGAGUACAGCACGACAAUGAGUCUGGAGGACAAGUUCAAAGUAGACCUGGUCAUCGUCGGAUCUGUGGCCGUCUCUCGAGCAGGUGUGCGUAUCGGCAAGGGGGAAGGCUUUGCUGACCUGGAGUGGGCCAUGAUGUCCACAAUCAAGGCCGUCAACCCAGACACGGUCGUCAUCACAUCUGUGCACGAGUGCCAGAUCAUUGAUAUCCCCGAGAGUCUGGCUGAAGACCAUGACCUGUCCGUGGACUACAUUGUGACCCCAAAGGAGAUCAUCAAGUGUAACAGGAAACGUAGCAAGCCCACCGGCAUCAUCUGGUCCAAGCUGGAACCCAUCAAGCUCAAGAGGGUGCCAAUCCUGCGCAGGCUGUGGCAGAUGGAGAAGGACGCGGGCGUUAAUGUGACCCUGAAGGACGGGGUCGAGUUCGACCUGGCCGAGGCAGAGCGCGAGGAUGCUGAGAGGGAGGCUGAAAGGGAGGAGAGGCGCAAGCUGGAGGGGGGGAGACGACUCUGGUACACCGGUUAUCGUAGACGUUUCGGUGGGCGAUUCGGUGGGCGAGGUCGAGGCAGGGGCCGAGGGCGUGGCCGCCCCACCAGUGGGGAAAGGGACCGCACUGAGUCCGAGGGCGGAGAGGGGACUGACGGCGAGAAGGGAGCCGGAGAGGGCAGUGGAGACAGGAAACCAAGACGCAGACCCAGGCGGUACAGGCGCCGCCCCAACUCUCAGCGCCAGUCCGAGGGGGAGGCUGAUGGCGGUGGGGAUGCCGGGGAGAUAGAACGCAGCGAGCGGGGCCCAAGACGCGAAAGGGGACCGAGACGCGAGCGUGGGGAGAGAGGGGAAAGGGGCGAGAGAGGAGAAAGAGGUGAAAGAGGUGAGAGGGGCGAAGGUGGAGAGAGAGGUGAGAGUGAUGGAGAAGGCAAGGAGAACAGGAGGCGACCACAGAGGAGGUUCCGUCCACGCAGGGGCCGCCAGCCUGCGCUGUUUGUUGGGGGCCUGCCCCGCUCCCUCAGGGUGAGCACCUUCAAGACAGAGGUGCGCGGCCGCGAGGUGGAUCCCCUCCGUGUCAUCUGGCACGGCGGCAAUGGUCACGCCUUCCUGCAGUUCGAGAACAGUGACCUGAUGGAGUCUGCCCUGACCGCCCUGGCGGACCUGAACAUCAACGGCAAGAAGCUGCGCGUGGAGGAAGCCAAGGGCCGCAGCUCUCGUGAGAGGGAUGGGGAGGCCGUUGAGGGGAGCCAGAAGGAACCGGCUAACAUUGACUAGACAGCAAACACCAUACCGGCCUCUAGUUGGAAGGUUGGGAGGCCCCAUUCAGCCACUGUAGGCUGCUGUUGAAUAUAUCAUCCUUAGACAUUCAUGUGUUUUGCUGUAGUUAACUUGACUUCUUUUCAAGCCUAUCAUAUGUAAUGGCUUCAGGUUUCAGGGUUUCUUUAGCUGAUUAAUUCAAACUUGUGAUUGCUGAAUGACAGUCAGUGUUUUGUCUGCAAACCGUUCAUGUUUGAUGAUUAUGACAUGUACCCUCCCCCCUAUUAUUUUCUGCAUUGUGUUAAAGUAUAACACCCAAUCUUAGUCCAAGUAGGACUACAAUAAGCUGUCUCCCAAGACAAGGGAUCUAACAAUGUGUACAAGAAGACAUGCACUUAAAGUAUUUGGAGAUCAAUGUUUGUUCUUUGUUUAACAUUAUUGACUGCCAUUUUCAGGUUCAAUGCAAUGAUUUUGAGAUUUUUUUUCUCAUGGUAUCUUCCCUUAGGCAGCAAUAAAUAGAAGUUUUUUUGGAAUGAAAAGAUGAACUUGUACAUAAUAUAUUUUUAUACACAAAUUUGUGGACCUUUUAAAGACUUGUAAUUAUAAUAGUAUUUUCAUUAAUGACAAAUGACUUAGUUCUUUUUAUUAAAUAUUGACACAAAUUAGUUUCGUUUGUUUAAUAAUGCAUCGUUUGCACAGUUGGUCAUGUUUUUUUUUCAUUUAUUACAUUUUUCCGGCAAAGAAUAGCACGUAAACAAUAUUAAAAGUUUGUAAUGGAUUUUUGAAUUGUGUUCAUUAUUAGUAACAUGUGUAUUUGUGAAUCAGUAUUCGAUUAGAUUUUAUUCUUAUCUCCUAAUAAAUGUUUCAAGCCACAUUUGGUAAAUUAUACAUUUUACUAAAUUGCCAUCAGGAAGUUUUUUUUAUCCAUACUAUGCAAUAUAUUACUGUAAAGUUACCAAAUGGUACAUGUUCUUUGCAUUUAAAUAUUAUACAAAUAAAGGCUGCCUGUUUUGAUUGUAACAUGUCUGAUGUACGUAUUAAGCAUAAUGUUUAAUCUAUGGCUUUUGUUUUUCCUAUGUUUUACAUGAUGUAGUUGUUCAUUUAUUUUGUUAAUUUAUAGGGUUUUUUAAAUUGUGGUAUUAAAAUCCGCUUUUUUUUGCUUAUUUUGCUUAUUCAGUAUUGGACAAAGGUUUAAAAAAAACUAACAUGGUAAAUGUAACUAAAAAAAUUUACCAAACAAAACAACUUUGUUGCUCAAUAUUUUCUCGUUAGUUAUAACGAUACUGGUAAGCUUAUUAAUGUAAUGAAUUCAUUUAUUUAUGUUUGAGUGAUUAUACCUUUUAAUAGGUCAUUUUUUCAAUGCUCCAUCUGGAAAUGCAUUUGCUGUUUCCAUGAUUGCAGACAAUUUGGAUUUGGGUUAUUAUCUGUUUUUGCUUCCUUAAAACAACGUUUACACGCUGCAUUUCCAGAAAGAGUUUGUCUCAUUUAUCAUUCGUGAAUGACUGUCGGUCACAAGCAUUUGACUAUAAUAAAAAGUAUUUUCAUUGAAA